GCGACGGCAAACGGCAGUGGCAGCGGCAGUGGCCAUUGUGGUCGUGGCGGCGGCGGCGUCAGUAGGGGGAAGUGAGGCACUUUUCAUUUUCUUGUGAUAUUUUCGAGGUGGUCUUAGAGCCCAUAGGGUACGGGGUUGAGUUGAGGUGGUCAGGGCAGUCUUUCUCCGGAACGCGCUCCGUUGGCGCAGCAACGCCGAGAUGGAGGAGAUUGAUCUCAAAGCCUACAUCAAGGAUCAUCCACGCUUCUUGCGAUCGCUGACGCAACAUGAAAGCCAAGUGCAGCCGUACGACGCCUGGCUCGAUUCGCUAGCGACAAGCUGUGCAGAUGCUCAUGCGGCCUGGAAGACCUACCAGCAAUCCAUGGAGGCUGUUUGUGAUUUGAUCAACAACAUGCCACAGCCGGCGGCCUCCAUAACGGCCCGCGAACAGCUCCUGGAUGAAGCCCCAGAAGCCUACACCAGCAUUCUCAAAAUGGGAUUGAAUGUACAGGAUGUGGCUGCCUCAGGAUUGCGAGACAUGCAGCGCAAUAUUGGUCGCUUCCGAUCCUCCUGCCUGGCUCAGAUCCAGCGUUUGAGCACGGAAACGCAGGAAACUCGUCAACGCCUCGAAUCAGCGGAGGAUACGCAUGCCAAUACUUACAAGCCCAAGGAAGACGAGGAGGAGAUGGAGAAGCGCGAGAAUGAGCUGACAUACCUUGGUAAAGCUGCACUAGCCAGUAGCGUGGCCCAUGCCACUGGUCUCAACAGCCUGGUGCAAAUGCGUCGCAUCUUUUUGGCCGAUGAGUUAGAUCGCCUUGUGGAAGGGUACCAAGACUAUUGGGACAAGUGUCAUUACCAUCGUGACGCGGUGGCCUCACAAUUGGAGCAGCUCAGCGAAGGCAUUGCUUCCAUGCACGAAAGCGUCAAAGCCAAGGACGCCUUGCGGCCCCUCAUUGCCAAGCAGCUUCACAACUCUAUCUACGGGCCUCAGAAUGCAGAUGAGGUUACCAGUGGUGUUCACGGUGGCUAUUUGUUCGUGUUUGGCAAAGAUCUCGGUGUCAAAAGUAGUUCCAAGUGGAUCCGCGUCUGGGCAAAAUUCUCGCCCAGCACCCGCAGCCUCACACUUUUUGACCCAAACACACUCGACGAGUUGAAACAUGUUGCCGUCCGAACUUGCGUGCAAGAGGCCAGCGACGAGAUCAAGCGUCACAACUGUCUUCGUAUUGUCUGUGCUAGCGAGGAGGACAACAUUCUCAUUCAAACGCCAACACCGCAAGCACGAACUAAAUGGGCGCUUGUACUGGGUGGUGCUUCUCCCGUCAAGACUGUUCGCAUUCGUCGAGGCACCCGCGCCAAGAAGUUGGGCUGACCCCGCCCCUCGGAUGUGCAUCUUUAACGUGUCAAUCUGGCCCCUGCUGAAGCCUGUCCCUCCUCUAAUCUCCCCCAAAUGACGCGUUACAUAGGGACAAGUCCAUGCUCGACCCAGAAGCAGUUGCCUUCUUGCAGCGAGCCAUCCGUGUCCUAGAGAUCAAAGGUCUCGCUGAAGAAGGCCUGUAUCGUGAGCCGGGCGAUGCAAAUGUCGUGCGCGCCUUGGUGGCUAUGAUUAAGAAAAAGGAUGUUGCCAAACAGAAAACAGCUUUGGAAAAAGCCGACCACAAGGAUCUUUGCUCAGCCAUUAAGCAAAUCUGCAAGGAUAUGCAACCACCCAUCAUUGACAACCCAACUGUCAAGAAGCUGUUGCGCACCAUUGAUUCGCCCGAGCCUUCGCGAAUGACCGAAACCAAGGCCAUUUUGGCUCACUUGCCAACAGAUAACCGUGCCGUUUUACAAGUGUUGUUAACCCAUUUUCAUCGCGUGCAUUUACGAAGUGCCCAAAACCGCAUGUCUGCGGCAGCACUGUCCAUCUCACUGGCACCCAGCCUCCUGCCUGAAAAUGACCCGACAUUCCUUGCCUUGCAACACGAAAAGUUUGCUGCUGUCGGAGAGUAUCUCAUCAAACACGUGGGUUCGCUGUUCAACACGGUGGUUGUUGAUCUGAACGAGCCCACGGCAAACGGCAUGCCUGCCGCAGCCACCAUUGCACCGCCAGUUGAACCCAGACCCACGUCAACAACCCAAACCCCUGUGUCAGAUCCCGGUGACCACAUGUACGAGGCCCCCCUCGAACGCGUCGCAACACGCGGCGAUCAUCAGGCGCAUCGCCCUCUGGUGCAGGAGCUCCUGUACGAUGACGAUCCACUGCAGGACAUGACAUCACAGGCUGCGCCUUUGGCCGAAGCUGUGAAUGAUCUCAGCUUGGAAGAUGGGGCAUAUGGUCGAGUACAGUCACUCGCACCGCUGCGAACAAACUCCCGGUCGCGAGCUUCCAUGCGCAAACGCAUCGUCUCCAUGGUGGAGGCAGACUUUACAUAUCGCGGUGACUCCGUGCGCCUGCUAGAUGAUAUGCCAUUGCCUGACUUACCCGAGCCGAGUGCCAACUCUUCUGAGCCAGGUUCCACGGCAUCGGAUCCAAACACGCCCACGCCAUCAAUGUCUUUCAGCCCCCGACGCCUGAGCUUGGAGCCGGGCAAUGCCAGUCUGGUGCUCGCUAGCUUGGAUGAAGCAGACGAAUUCGAGGGCUUCGGGGUGAUAGACGACUACGAUCGGUUGCCACCCGCUCGAAACCAACAAAGUCGCGCUUAG